AUGGUUGUUACCCCUGAACAACCCAAUGGAAACAACAACAACAACAACAACAACAACAAGAAAGGUUGGAAUAAGAGGAAGGGAAAAUCUUCACAAGAACCCUCGAAAAAGCAACAGUUAGUGGCGGUCCAUGCUUCUACUGUAUCUGCUAAUACUGCACCAUCUAAGCCUUAUGCUUGUAAUCUCCCCAAAUGCAACAAGUGCAAUUUUCACCACAAUGAAAAUUGUUGGGAAAUGCAGUGUCGUAACUGCAACAGAAAAGGGCAUACUGCCCGAUUCUGUAGAUCGCCACCUCAACCGAUUAACCAAGUACCUGCCGUUGGAGUAGGUCAAGCAUGCUAUCAAUGCGGUGAUGUGGGGAAUUUCAAAAGAGAUUGUCUGAAAGCUGGAAAUGUUGGUGGAAAUCCUAAAAUAAGCUAG